AUGGCUCUCAAGGCGGCGCUGAUGGUGGUGGUGUUGGGAGUAGCUCUCGCCGACACCUCCGACCCCUACAGUGUUCAACCUGUCCAUAGUUCUGUAUACAAGCAGCCGGGGAUGCCACACAACUUCGCAUACAAUGUUAGGGACGACUACUCCCGCACCAACUUUGGACACAGUGAGAACUCCGAUGGCAACACUGUCCGUGGCUCCUACAAUGUCGACCUUCCCGACGGACGCAAGCAGACGGUUAAUUACGAGGCUGACCACAACAAAGGCUUCACAGCUGAUGUACAGUACUCUGGUGAGGCUCACCAUCCCCGCAAUUACAAGCCUCCUGUCACCUACAAUUCACAACCGUCAUACCAACACACGCCCUCACACACAACCCCAUACUACCCCAAAUAACAUCUUACACACUUAAACCUACCAGGAUUGUUACUGCUCAUUUGUUAAAAGAUUUUACUCACUGUUAUGUUUUUAAUAUUAAUAAACUG